ACGUCACUUUCCAAACUCAAAACCUUAAAUAAAACAAAGCCUCAAAGUAAAGUCACUCUUUAAGUCAAAAAAAAAAAAAAAAACACCCUCUAAGUGUCUCCUUGUACUUUUCACCCUAAGACCAUGUCUUUGACACCUUCGUCUCUUGUUCCCAUUUUCCUUCUCGUCCUUGUUUUCAUUUUUCCUCUCAUAGGAAUAGCUAAAGAAUCUUCUCUUGGAGAGAUUCUUCGAAGCCAUGGCCUUCCAACUGGUCUCUUUCCUCAGAGUGUGAAAUCAUUUAAAUUGGAUCAAAUGGGACGUUUAGAGGUACACUUGGAUCGUCCUUGUUUGGCUCAAUAUGAAACCACUGUGUUCUUUGACACUGUUGUAAAAGCCAACCUCAGUUUCGGACAACUUAAGGUUUUGGAGGGUAUGUCUCGUGAAGAGCUUUUCUUGUGGCUACCUGUUAAAGAUAUCAUUGUUACUGAUCCAAAAUCUAGUGUAAUUGUCAUUGAUAUUGGUUAUGCCUUCAAACGUCUCUCUUUCUCUCGUUUUGACGAACCUCGCAUUUGUAGAUCUCAUCAUGGACUUGCGUCGUUUCCAAUGGGCGGAAGGAAUGAUAUUGGUUUUGGAGAUCAGUGAUACUAAGUCUAUUCGUAUGUAUGAAAGGAUGGAUUAGCCCAUUUCAAUUUUGGGAGUUAUGUAUGAAAAACUAUAUUUAUGAAAAAUGUGCAACUCCUAUAAAGUACUAAUGCCAUCCAAUAAUUGAAUGGAAUUAAUCACAUGAAGUAUUAUCUACCUUCAAUCCAAGAGAAGAAAUUAUGCCUAAUUAAUUAAAAAGGACUUCAAUUCUUGA